AUGCGAAGGCGGGAGGACUAUGGUUGGAAGGAGAAACCAAUUGUUGGGAGACAGAGUUCAGUGCUCAUUUAUGCUGGUAAGCAGCUUGCAGAUGACAAAACUGCUAAAGAUUACAACAUUGAGGGUGGCUCUGUUCUUCACCUGGUACUUGCUCUCAGGGGUGGCGGACUAUUGCGAUGUGGAAAGAGUUGUCGUUUGAGGUGGAUCAAUUACCUACGACCUGAUGUAAAACGUGGAAACUUCACACCUGAGGAAGAGGAAACCAUAAUCAAACUGCACAACUCUUUUGGAAACAAGUGGUCAAAGAUUGCUUCUCAUUUGCCUGGAAGAACUGAUAAUGAGAUUAACAAUGUGUGGAAUACACACUUGAAGAAAAGCCGGCUGGAGGAGACGAAGGGGUCGACUGCUUCAGAGGAAAAAAUCGAAAUCCCUUUCAAGUCAGAUAUCGACUUUUGGAACUUGUUGGAUGCGUUGGAUCCUUUUCAGACCACGAACACCGAAAAAAAUGAAUGUGAAAAUUCAAAGGUUUUUAAUGAUGUGGAAAAACUAGACAGUGAAGAUGAAUGCAGGGAGUGGUUAAGGUACUUGGAGAAUGAACUUGGACUAACAAGCUGCCAAAUACAGAGUAUACAACAAGUUUACACCAGGAUAUGA